UUCCGGGAGCGGAGCGCCAUUUUCGUCCCCGUCACGGGCUAGCAGCAUGCCGCCAUCGAGCAGAUAAUACGACGACUGUUUGACGUUCGGAGACCUCUGUACCGGCUAGAAUCAUGGGCAGGAAGAAGAAGAAGCAGAUGAAGCCGUGGUGCUGGUACUGCAAUCGAGACUUUGACGACGAGAAGAUCCUCAUCCAGCACCAGAAGGCCAAGCAUUUCAAAUGCCACAUUUGCCACAAGAAGUUGUACACCGGCCCCGGCUUGGCCAUCCACUGCAUGCAGGUGCAUAAAGAGACCAUUGACAGCGUGCCAAACGCCAUUCCUGGACGGACAGACAUCGAGCUGGAGAUCUAUGGGAUGGAGGGAAUCCCCGAGAAAGACAUGCAGGAAAGGAGGCGAACGCUAGAGCAGAAGUCACAAGAGAGUCAAAAGAGGAAGAACAACCAAGACGACUCGGAUGACGAUGAUGACGACGACGACGAGGCGGGUCCGUCGGCCCCGCAGGCCGUGGCCGUGCAGCCCCAGGUGGGCUACGCCGCCGCCAUGGCCCAGCCGGGCAUGGUGGCCGGAGCGCACGGCAUGUCUCCCGCCGGAUACCAAGGAAUGCCUCCCAUGAUGCCGGGCGUUCCUCCCAUGAUGCACGGCAUGCCUCAUGCCAUGCAUGGAAUGCCACCAGCCAUGAUGCAGAUGGGGGGGAUGAUGCCUCCCAUGAUGCCAGGAAUGCCUGGCAUUCCUCCAGGAAUGCCCCCUCACAUGGCCCCGAGGCCGGGGAUGCCCCACAUGGCCCCGGCCCAAACAGCAGGACCAAUCCCCAGCCGACCGGCGGCGCCGGUGGCUCAGCCUCCUGUCACCAAGCCCCUGUUCCCCAGCGCAGCGCAGGCCCAGCAGAGCGGUUCAGGAGCUGCAGCUUCCAACGCCCUCAGCGCCGCCGGCUCCGCCGACCCCCCCAAAGCGACAUUCCCCGCCUACACCCAGCCCUCUGUCUCCUCUCCCUCUUCCUCCUCUUCUUCUAAUCCCUCUAGCAGCACUGUGGCCAAGCCCUCAGCCACAGUGACCAGUAAGCCCGCCACCCUCACCACCACGAGUGCAACCAGUAAGUUGAUCCAUCCUGAUGAGGAUAUCUCACUGGAGGAGAUGAAGGCAACGCUGCCCCGCUACCAGCGGCUCAUACCCAGGCCGGGCCAGGCCCAUAUCGCUGCUCCGCCCGUGGCGGCCGUGGGCGGCAUCAUGCCCCCGCAGCAAGGCCUGCCGCAGCAGCCGGGCAUGAGGCAUCCCAUGCACGGCCAGUACGGCGCCCCCCACCAGGCCAUGCCGGGCUACAUGCCUGCAGGGAUGCCUCCGUAUGGGCAGGGUCCCCCCAUGGUGAACCCCUACCAGGGCGGGCCCCCCAUGGGUAUGAGACCGCCCGUCAUGUCUCCGGCCGGACGCUACUGAAGAAGCAAAGCCGCCAGCGCACUAGGUUUGAGGUUAACACCUUUCUCUCACCCUUUUUCAAACCUAGCUGCCAGCAAGGAGGAGUUAAGAUCAGUGGUGACGGCAGAUGUUGGUUGCUAUGGACAUUUAUUGUAACGUAUUUACUGGGGGGGGGGGGACAGAAAUACUGCAAAGACAGCUCUUCUGGUGUCGUCUGAUCACAUGUGAGGAUAUAUUCUUUCCCAUAGGUUUCACUCAGGUUCAUAGAGGUGAAGUGUGUAAAAAAAUGAUUUCUUUUGAAGCUGCUGGAGUUACAUGAACAUUACCAACUCCUUUUCAAAGGCAAGUUUCUCCUGUAAACGUUUUGAUUUGUUUUUAGUUUUCUUUGGUAGGCCCGUCGAGGCCCUCACAGCAGGUUUAGCUGCUGUUGGACGUUUCGUCCCCAACCUUGGUUGGUGAGGGUCGAGACGGCAGAACGACUCCCACAAAGUAGUUUAUAAAUCCAUGGAUCAUCAGUCUAGCUUUAUUCUCUUUUUUUCAGGUUUGUUUUACUGUUUUCUGGUUAAAAAACGAAUUGCUUGUACGCAUCCUUUGUAAUGUUUUAUCAAUAUGUUGUAAUAAAAUCCUUGUUGAAACCCAA